CAGCGCGCCCGCGGCGUCCCCGCCGCACUGGGCGCGCGGCGCGGCGGCGGCACGCUGGUCCCGCCGCGCGCCCCCGGCGCCGCCCGCUCCGUCGCCCCUCGCGGCCGCUCCCGGGCAGCGCCCCGCCGCCGGGCCGGGGGGAGGAGGAGGAGGAUGCUGGCGGGAGGGCUCCCUCAGGGCGGCGGGGGCCGAGCCGGCGCGGGCGCCCAGGACGCGGCGGGGCCAUGAGCAGGCCGUGCCGAGAGCGGCCGGCGGCGCUGGACGCGGAGCCGUGCUCGCGGACGCUGGCGCAGGCCCGCGUCUACCUGGAGCAGCUGCGGGGCCGCGUGUCCCCGGGGGGCCCCGAGGGCCCCGGCGCCGGGCGGCGGGACUACCUGGUGGAAGCGGCGCGGCAGCUGCGCCUGGCGCUGGAGCGGGACGUGAGCGAGGACUACGAGGAGGCCUUCAACCACUACCAGAACGGCGUGGACGUGCUGCUCCGCGGCGUCCAGGUUGACCCCAAUAAGGAGCGGCGUGAGGCUGUGAAACGGAAGAUAACGCAGUACCUGAAGCGCGCGGAGGAGAUCUUCAACUGCCACCUCCAGCGGACUUUGGGGAAUGGCAGCCCCACAGACACGGGUUACAGCAGCCUUCGCUUCCGGCCAGUCAGGACGCUAAGCUCGGCAGUGGAGAACCUGAGACGGUGUAAGGUUGUGGGAGUGAUUGAUAAGGUGCAGAUAGUCCAGGAUCCAGCCACCGGUGGGACCUUCAUACUUAAGAGCCUCCCCAAAUCCCAUAUUGAGACUCGUGAGCGGCAGACCAUCAUUCCCCAUGGAGUCCCCUUCAUGGUCAGGCUGCUGUGCUACUACGUGAGUGAGGACUCCAUCUUCCUCCACCUGGAGCACGUGCAGGGGGAGAUGCUGUGGUCUCACCUCCGCUCCAAGUAUUGUGUCCAGCAGGGCUCCUCUGAUGGCUCUGGUUCCCUGCAUUCAAAGCACAUUCCAACCCUGAGGGACCGUGGCAGAGAGGAGGCAGUGGGAAGCUUCCGUGGGAGCGGUCGAGACUGCAUCUUCUCUGCUCGGACAGGCAGUGGCCCCCUGGGCUCUGCGAACCACCACCUGUUGGGAAACACUGACCUCUCUCCCCUUCGGGAGGAGUCCCCUGACAGCACAGACCCCAGACCUGGGAGUCGCUGCCGGCUUCUCUUGGCUCCUGCUGGCAGCACAAAGGCUGCAGCUGGAGGGCAGGGUUUAAGUGUGGUGCAGGCUCUGCCUGGCAUCAUGGACCAUGUUCUAGCAGCAUCAACCAAAGGCCCCAGCCACUUCAACGACCAGGGUCUGGUCCUGUACCCCCAGGACUCUCUGACCAGCAGCAAGGCUGUGGGCAGCAUAUCACAGAGAGCAGCUUCCCGGCAGGAUCCCAGGCCACUUGCUGGUGAAAGGCUUCCCCAGAUGCCUGCCCAUAUGCCAAAGACUGUGACUGGAGGCCAUCCAGGAAAGGGGGAGUCUCAGCCUCAUCAAGUGUCUGAGGCCUGCUGGGCUCAGUCCCUCCUGGCUUCCUCAGGACAGAGGCAGCUUUGUGCAGGAAUUGCCAUGCACAGUUCUGGCAGGCCCUGUGGGCCUGACCCUGGGAUGCAGGAGCCCCUGUGGGGAGCAAGCGUGACCAGUGGCCCACUCAGAGAGGAGCCAGUAUCAGGACUGUGCAGGUCUCUGGCUCCCUGUGGGCAUAACCAGAGAGCCUGGGCUGUGAAGGAGGAGCAAGUCCAGCUGUGGGCAGCAGAAAUCCUCUUGGCCUUAGAGGGACUUCACCAACAGGGUGUAUUGUGCCGGGACCUCAACCCCAGGAACCUGCUGCUUGAUACGGCUGGUCAUGUCCGUCUUACCUUCUUUGGCCAGUGGACAGAGGUGGAGCCACAGUGCUGCAGCCAAGCUCUGGAGGAGCUCUACAGUGCCCCAGAAGCAGGGGGCAUUUCUGAGCUGACUGAAGCUGCUGACUGCUGGAGCUUUGGGUCUCUGUUGUAUGAGCUGCUGACAGGAGUGCCCCUGUCCCAAAAUCACCCUUCAGGGAUUCAACCUCACACCCAGCUCCACCUGCCAGAGGGACUCAGUCCAGCAGCUGCAUCACUGCUCACUGAGCUCCUGCAGUAUAGCCCUAAGCGGCGUUUGGGCUCAGGAGGAGGUGGAAUUGCGAAGCUGAAGUCCCACUCCUUCUUCAGCACUGUCCAGUGGAACAAGCUGGUGGGCUAGGCAGGCUGGGGUGGGAGCGGAGCAGGGCCAGGGCUUCUGUGACCCUUCCUGCGGGGUGCAGGGUAGCUACUCCCUGGAACUUGUGAACCCACGUGGCACUGGCAGCUCUGCCUGCUGGGGGAGGUUUGCCUGCAAGGGCUGCCCUGGGGUGGGGGGGGUGGGGGGGUGCGCAGCGCAUGAGGUUUUGCAGCCUUAGAUGUUCUUCUGUCUCUGCUUGCACUUCUGUCAGUGUCUCUGAGCGAGCAGGCUGUGGUCUGGGACAGGCGCUCUCUUACACUGGGUUCUUCAUGGUGGGAAAGGGGUCCCACACCCUGAGCCUUAGGUACACCAACCUUCCCGACCCCCAGGGAGAGGCCAUGCUCCCCUUCUGGGGCUUCCUGUCAGGCACCAGUGUCCCUUCCUCUGCUUAGCUCUGUGCUGUGGGAUUCCCUCCCUGAGGUUUUUAUCUCUGCUGUUACCCGAGUUGAUCUCCCCCAUUACUUUUUGUGGCUUCCAAGUGCGUUUCCUCUGGGCCCUGCUGGCUAGUGCCCAGGCCUGUCUUUUGUGCCAUUCACUGGCUGCAUGUGUGUGGAUAAUGCCUGCUGCAGGGAGCUGGGGUGGGAGGGGAUGGAGCCCCCCCCCGUCUUUUCUUGGUGGCUGUUUGAAAAGAAUAAACCACUUGUCAUUGCUUGCAGAA